AUGCAAGGAGGAAAGCAUACUCGAUCUUUCAUGAAAAAACAUCCUCGUGAAACAUUGCAGGAAGGAUUACCUGAACAGUCAAGAAGGGGUCAUAAAAGGUCAGUGUUGCAUGAGUCGUCGAAUGCUGCUUGGGUCCAGAAAAACAAUAAUAUGGGUAAGAUAUCUAAAAGACAUGUCUAUGCUAGAUCAAAUUCUUCUUCAAGAGAAUCUGAACAUGAUGUUUUUGGUUUCCAUUCUGGUUUGUUUGGAAAUGUAGAAGAUAUUAAUGUUUUAAAUCAAGUCAAUAUAUCAAACUCAAAAGAAGUUUUCCCCAAUGAAGAUAAGAUAUCCCAAGAGAUAGAGGACCUAAAUACAAAAGUCCAUCAUCUUAUCUCUUUGAGAACCCAAAAAGAAGCCAAUAAAGAGAGAGAAGUUAAAGCCAAAUUGAUGGAAAGAGACAGGCUUUUGAGACAGAUUGCAGAUCUUGAGGUCCUUGCUCAAGAAAAGGCAAAGAGUGAGGAUGAAGGUCUCGUGAUCAGGGAAAUUCUAGUCCCUAAGGCCAAACCAGCAUGUAAUUCAGUAACCCAACCAAAUAGGGAGGUUUUUAGUGACCCACAGCCUAUCAGAAAUGAGGUUGAUAAAGGGAAGCAUAAAUGCAUGGAAGAUGAGUCAGGAUCUAAAACUAUAGUGGAAAUCUCUCAUAAAUUAUUAGCACAUGAAAGGGAGAUGGAAAGAAUGAGGAAAGAAAAAGAAGACUUACAAAUGGAAUUGGAGAAAGCUGAGUUAGAGGCUGCUAACCAAGAGGUUACAAGAAAAAUUGGCUAUCUAAAAGCUCCACCCAUUAUGUUUCCAUUAGAAGGUCUGAAUAAACCUAUACCUCAGCAAGUUUCCCUCCCUCCUGUUAAAAUCCAACCAACAUUGCCUAUUAAUAUAGAAACAGUUAGUCAAGCCCCUAUUAUUAAUCACAAUAACCAGAUCUCUCAACCUCAAGCCCCCAAUAUAAAAAUGAACAUGGGUAAUAAUAAUGUCGUUAACCCAUUCUAG